UCCUUCCUUCCUUCCUUCCUUCCCUUUCCUUUCCCCCUCCUUCCCACCCUCGUCCUGGCUGCCUGCUGGUUGCUCAAGAGGCAGGGAUGGGGGGCCGCCCAAGGGGUCUUCAGCCCCUGCCUCCCAGCGCCGGGCGCCAAGCGCUCUUCUGCCCCCAGCAACGCUCAAGAGAUGCAGAUCAAACACGACCCAGCUGAGACCAGGAUCCUUCACAUCCCCCAGGAGCCUAGCGAGAACCUGCGUCGCCUUCGCGGACGGAAACUCUUGCUGGGCGAAGAGAAGAACCUGGCAGGCUGGUCUUUGCUGAUGGCCAUGCUGGGCAUCUUCCUGAUGGUGCUGCACACAGAGCUGGCCUGGUUCGGCCGCUGCAAGUGGUUUGCUUACGCCUUCAUGACCAAGUGCCUCAUCACCCUCUCUACGGUGGGAUUAAUGAUCCUGAUCUUUGCCUUCCACAUCAAAGAGAUCCAGCUCUUCAUGCUGGAUAAUGCCCUCACCGAUUGGCGAAUUGCAGUCAGCACUCCGAAACUGGCUUUCAUCAUGCUUGAGUUUUUAGUCUGCUCCCUUCACCCUUUCCCGGUGGGAGAUUUCUUUUGCCUAGAUCCAAAGCCGGAACAGGACUACGUCUUCCUCUCGGAUGUUGACAUGUUACUCUCCCUGGUGAUGUUCCUUCGCCUCUAUCUGGUCCCUCGAGCCGUGCUACUGCGGAGUAGCGUGCUGGGAGAUGCCUCUUACCGCAGCAUCGGGUCGCUCAACAAGAUCCACUUCCAGUACCCUUUCGUGUUACGGGUGAUGGUCAACAGCCAGCCGGGCCGUGUGCUGCUCAUCUUUACGAUGGGGCUUUGGAUCAUUGCUUUUUGGAUACUGUCCGUCUGUGAACGGCAGUCUAUGGGUGACGACCACUAUCUGGGUGGGGCGUUCUGGUUGAUUCCCAUCACUUUUCUGACCAUCGGCUAUGGAGAUGUGGUGCCCACAACAGUGUGCGGGAAAGUCGUGUGCUUGUUCACGGGUGUUAUGGGAGUGGGGUGCACGGCUCUGCUUGUGGCGGUGGCCGCAGAUAAACUGGAAUUCACCCGAGCCGAGAAACACGUCCAUAAUUUCAUGAUGGAUAUCCAGUGUGCCAAAGAGAUAAAAUGCUCAGCUGCCACUGUACUACAGGAAGCCUGGUUACUGCACAAGCACACCAAGAGGAAGGAUGGGCUAAGAACACGCAAACACCACCGGCGGCUGCUGGCAGCCAUUCACAUAUUUCGCCAUGUGAGGACGAAACACCGCAAGAUCCGAGAUCAGGUCAAUACCAUGGUGGAUACUUCCAAGAUGCAAAUGAUCAUGUACGACCUCCGAUCCAGCCUUAAUAGCUCUCACCAGGAGCUGGAGAAACAGAUCGAGUCCCUUGACAGGAAACUGGAUGAGAUGACCAGACUGCUUUCUGCCCUGGUGCAACAGUCCAAGCAACAGGAGGGACAACAGGUGCAUUGAUGGUCAAGAACUGCCAGGUGGCCAUCGAGAGGAUUUCGAUCUCUCCUUUUCCCACUCCUGGCUCAAGAUAAGGACUUUGAGAGAACACCGACUGCCUUUUUUUUAUGGAUUCCGUAAGACAGAGCAGUCCAUAAGAGAAGAAAAUAACUGUCACUACAGCGCCAUCUCGUGGUACCUUCAAGUCACGACGAGCCUUAUUAAACUUUCUUUAGCAUCCACUAAACAAGCUGCAGUUUGCAGCUGAGGACACAAUAAUGCCGUUGAAUGUAUCUGCAAAGACAUAUAUGCCUUGGCGGGGUGUGUGUAUGUGUAUGUUUUCUGGAUGGAAACCACAUCCUGGUAUCCUCUUUAAAAAAAAAAUGGAACCAUGGGAGGAAGGGGAUGGAAAUCACUUACGAGAUAGGAAAACGUCCAGAAACGUACUUGAAACGGAAGAAGAAAAAAAACUCACCGCUGCGGAAUGCAAAAAUUCUGCCUUGCGGUCUUGGGCAGAAACCUUUCCAGACGUGGCAGGAAUCAAAUCUGCAGGAAGCAGUUGGUAACCUGUUGCCCAGGAACUUCUCAAGGACGGAAGACGCCGUUCCGUCUUAACUUUUGACAGCUUGCCGCCCGAUUUGGAGACUCGAGCUCGAGUGACAAGCCGCUUACGGGCCGGGACGUUUGCAAUGUCGCAGGGAGAGGGGGUGGGUGGGUUAAUUUG